AUGAUCGAGGCUCUUGCGUUUUUGCCCAUUCAAGAUCUGGAAGAAGGAAUAGAAUUCCUAAUAGAUAAUAUACCAAAAGAUGUUCCAGAUUCAAAAUAUAUAGUAGAUUAUUUUGAUCGAACAUAUGUUCGUGGUUAUUAUCGUUGCUUAAAUAAACAAGAAAACCCUUUAUCUCUUUGUGUUGAUAAUGAUGAAGAUUUUGUACGACUUUUAAUGCAUACAGAAGUAAGGUGGCUAUCAAAGGGUGACUGUUUGGGACGUAUAUUUUCUCUUUUCGACACUGUGGUUGAAUUCUUCAAAUCUUUGAACUCUCACCUUGGUCCAGAUCUAGAAUCUAUUAAACAUGAUGUUGCUUAUUUAGCAGACAUUUUUGCUAAGUUUAAUGUACUUAACGUACAACUACAAUUCGCCGAUACUAACUUAAUAAAAAAUAUUGGUAGAAAGGAGUUAAACCAAUUUCCACGUCUCGAUAAUCUUAAAAACCUACUUUCUGAAGACGAUCUCGAAAAUUAUGUUGAACAUUUAAUCACUCUUGAAAAUGAUAUGAAGCAGCGUUUCAAAGAUUUGUGCGAACUAGAAGUUCCGGACUGGAUCAUAGAUCCUUUUCAAGAUAUCGACGACGUCGAAUCUUGUUGUCAACUGGAACUAAUUGUAUUGAAAAAUGAUUGGGAAUUGAAACCAACAUUCAAACGAAAGUCCUAUCAAGAUUUUUGGCUACAGGCGGUUAUUCCUGAAAAAUAUCCUGUGUUAUGGGAGAAAGCUAAAUUAUUUUUUAUCGCUUUUCCUACUUCUUACUUGGUUGAGAGAAGCUUUAACGUUCUAUCUCAACUCGUUGCCAAAAGUCGAAACCGCUUAGACGUUGCUAAGAGAGGAGAUCUACGGCUUCGUCUCACGAACAUAAAGCCAAAUGUAGAACUUGUUUCUAAAUUCAUACAACGUCAUUGUUCUCAUUGA